GCAGGACUUCCUCGCUGUUGCUAAGACACUCUUGUUUCGCUCCUUGACAACCCUCGCGGGGGUGCGCUCGCUGAGGCCUUAGCUCCGGCCCCCUCGGGAGCAGCACCCCUUGGGGAAAGACAUUUUCUGCUUCCGCCAAGCUGGCAGGGUCUGCUUCCUGAAUCUCCUGGGUGUGUCUUAAUUACCAGUCCCAGCACCUCCUGAAAACAUCCCUCUCUCCUCCUGGUCACAGUGGAAGUAUCAUGGGAGAAACAGAAGGGAAGAAAGAUGAGGCUGAUUAUAAACGGCUGCAGACCUUCCCUCUGGUCAGGCACUCGGACAUGCCGGAGGAGAUGCGAGUGGAGACCAUGGAGCUGUGCGUCACGGCCUGUGAGAAGUUCUCCAACAACAACGAGAGCGCUGCCAAGAUGAUCAAAGAGACCAUGGACAAGAAGUUCGGCUCCUCCUGGCACGUGGUGAUCGGUGAAGGCUUCGGCUUUGAGAUCACACACGAGGUGAAGAACCUCCUCUACCUGUACUUCGGGGGGACCCUGGCUGUGUGUGUCUGGAAGUGCUCCUGACACACUGUCCCCCCGCCCUUCCCCGCCCCGCCCCCGCAACCCUUUCCCCCGCCACCCCACCCCGCUGUUCCCCUGGGAGGGGGGAGCAGCCACCGGCAGGUCCUGACCUUCUAGAGGAAAGCUGGGGUCUUUUCUUCCUUGUCCUGUGUUCCGUGUCCUGAGCUGCGCCCCGCGUGUGCAUCCGCAACCAUCUCACGCCGAGUCCCCGGGUGUGAGGAGGCAGCAGGGGGGGCUGGGGGGUGUGACAGGGUCGAAGGUGGGGCGGGGGUGGCAUUUUUUUCUCACAGGGACCUGCCAGCCCCCCACGCCUGCCCACACCCAGCACUGUGGGCAGGCAUCCGCCCGUCCUUGUCUUGACGGGGCGUGUGCAGAUGGCCUCGAGGGAGCCUCUCCGCUUAGGGGGUCACUAAGGGCUUCUCUCCUCGACUUCUGGAGAAGCAGUGACCCCCCACCCCCACCCCCAC